AUGCCGAUGCUUCUCGAUAUCCAGCGCAAGCUCUUUGCAAAGUCGGAGCGUGUCAAGUCGCUCGACUUUCACCCUACAGAGCCCUGGCUUCUCGCCGGUCUCUACUCGGGCUCGGUCAACAUCUGGAACUACGAAACAGGCGUCAUCGUCAAGACCUUUGAGGUCACAAACGUGCCAGUGCGAUGUGUCAAGUUCAUCGCCCGCAAGAAUUGGUUCGUUGCCGGUUCGGACGACUUCCAGCUUCGCGCCUUCAACUACAACACACACGAAAAGGUCAUCAGCUUCGAGGCGCAUCCGGACUACAUCCGCUGUCUCGCCGUCCACCCGACCGGAUCGUACGUCAUCACCGGUUCCGACGACAUGACUAUCAAGAUGUGGGACUGGGACAAGAACUGGCGUCACGUCCAGACUUUCGAGGGCCACACGCACUACAUCAUGAACCUCUGCUUUAAUCCCAAGGACUCCAACACCUUCGCCUCUUCCUCGCUCGAUCGUACCGUCAAAGUCUGGACCCUUGGAUCCAGCGUUGCCAACUUCACUCUCGACGCCCAUGACAAGGGCGUCAACUACGUCGAGUACUUCCAUGGCGGUGAAAAGCCGUACAUGCUCACUGUCGGCGACGACCGCACCGUCAAGAUCUGGGAUUACCUCUCCAAGUCGUGCGUGCAGACCCUCACCGGUCACACCUCGAACGUUUCGUUUGCCGUCUUCCACCCUUCUUUGCCACUCAUCAUUUCCGGCUCUGAGGAUGGCACCGUCAAGUUGUGGCACUCAAACACCUACCGUCUGGAGUCGACGCUCGAUUACGGCCUCGAACGCGUCUGGUGCGUUGCAUAUAAGAAAACGGGCAACGACGUCGCUAUCGGUUACGAUGAAGGUGCCGUCGUCAUCAAGCUUGGCAAGGAAGAGCCGAGCGUCAGCAUGGACGCAGCAGGUAAGGUCGUCUGGGCGCGCAACUCGGAGGUCCUCAGCGCCAAUGUGGGCGCAACAGCAGAAGAGCUGGUGCCCGAUGGUCAGAGGCUUCCCGUCACGGUGCGCGACAUGGGCACCACCGAGGUCUACCCACAGCUCUUGCAACACAGCCCCAACGGGCGAUUCGUCACGGUCUGCGGCGACGGAGAAUACAUCAUCUACACGGCGCUCGCAUGGAGGAACAAGGCGUUCGGUACGGGCUACGGGUUUGCCUGGGCAAGCGACAGCAACACAUACGCGGUCCACGAGGGCGGUUCCAAGGUCAAGGUCUUCCGCAACUUCAAGGAGCGUCCCGGUCUGCUCACCUUGGCUUACAACGUCGAGGCCGUAGCGGGCGGUGCGUUGCUGGCGGUGCUCGGCGGCGGCUUUGUCUGCUUCUACGACUGGGAAACGGCUGCGCUGGUGCGACGUGUUGAUGUCGAAGCCAAGGCGAUCCACUGGUCUACCACAGGAGAGUUGGUUGCCAUUGUUUGCGACGACUCGUUCUACGUUCUGCGUUUCGACCGUGACGCCUACGCUGCCUACCUCGACUCGGGCGCAGAGGUGGAGGACGAGGGAGUGGAGGACGCUUUCGAGGUGGUGACCGAAGUAUCGGAGAGUGUGCGCACCGCCAAGUGGACUGGCGAAUGCUUCCUCUACACCAACUCGACCAACCGAUUGCAGUACCUGGUUGGCGAGCAGACGCACACCAUCACCCACUCGGACAACGAGAUCUUCCUGCUCGGCUACAUCCCGCAACACGGACGCGUCUACGUGGUCAAUAAGGACCUGUCCAUCUUCAGCUACUCGCUGUCGCUCGCGUUGGUCGAGUAUCAGACGGCCAUCUUGCGCGGCGACCUUGACGCGGCGGCGGAAUUGUUGGAUCAGGUGCCGUCGGAUCAGAGGAACCGCGUUGCGCGCUUCUUGGAGACGCAAGACCUCAAGGAUCUUGCGCUGGAAGUGUCGACGGAUCCGGAACAUCGCUUCGACUUGGCAAUCUCGCUCGACGACUUUGAGACGGCGCUCGACAUUGCGCGCAGCGGCCCGCAGGUCGGCUCCGAGUCUCGAUGGCGCACCAUCGGCGACAAGGCUUUGGCGAGGUGGAACGUCGCUCUAGCAAAAGAGUGCUUUGAAAAGGCGCAGGAUCUGUCAUCGAUGCUGUUGGUGGCCACGUCGACCAACGACCGCCAGUUGCUAGGACGCUUGGCUCAGCUUGCCACAGAGAAAGGCUCGACAAAUGUUGCGUUCGCAGCAUAUCUGUCGCUGAGCGACGUCGACUCGUGCAUCGACGUGCUCGACAAGGCGGGUCGCACUUCCGAGGCGGCUCUGUUCGCGAGAACGUAUGCGCCCAGCAGGGUGCCCGAGAUCGUGGCCAAGUGGAGAGGCGAGUUGCAGUCCGCCAACCGACACAAGCAGAACGAGAUUGCUGCGAGCAUUGCCGACCCGGACCAGAACGAGGCGGCAUUUGAAGAGGGUUGGAAGCAGAGCCUCGCCAAGGAGAAGGAGCUGCGGAAUGCGCAGCCUGCUACUGCCUCUACUGGCGCUGGGAAGGUGAAUGGUGUCAAGGCUGCGUAG